AGAGCUUGAAGGCAAUGCCUUGUGUCGGUAACUGACGAAUCACAACCGUUGAUUCGAUCGAAUUGAUCCGGUACUUCUGAAGCUCCGAUUCUACGUCGACUACUUUUUCUCCGAUGUUAACAUCGUCGUCGUCUUCUCGGAGAGCCAUUGAUUGUGACCAAUCCUCACGACGGCCCCGCUACUAUUUAUUAGGGCACUCAAAUUUGGUUACACGUGGAGGGUUGUUAUUGGUGAUGACGUCAUCAAAUGUAAUUGAAGAAGCCUCUAAGAUAGAGAGAGGGUUUGAAAAUGUGAGAUUCAGAGUUUGUCAGCGAGAGAGACGAAGAAAGAAAGAGAGGAGAGGUGGAAGAUGAUUAAGGCAGUGAUGAUGAUGAACACACAAGGCAAACCACGUCUAGCUAAAUUCUACGAUUACUUGCCUGUGGAGAAGCAGCAGGAGCUUAUUCGCGGCGUGUUUUCAGUAUUGUGCAGUAGACCUGAGAACGUAAGCAAUUUUCUGGAGAUCGAAUCAUUGUUUGGACCGGACUCGCGGCUUGUAUACAAGCAUUAUGCUACACUCUAUUUUGUUCUUGUAUUUGAUGGUUCAGAAAAUGAGCUUGCUAUGCUUGAUCUCAUUCAAGUUCUUGUUGAAACACUGGACAAAUGCUUCAGCAAUGUCUGCGAACUCGACAUUGUGUUCAACUACAGCAAGAUGCACGCGGUGUUAGAUGAGAUUGUAUUUGGAGGACAAGUACUGGAAACUAGUUCUGCUGAAGUCAUGAAGGCUGUUGAAGAAAUAUCAAAGUAGUUCCCUAAUCCUUCUCUCUCAAUCAGUCUACUGUUUUCUGCAUUUGUGGUGUGGAAAUAAACAGUUGCACUUUCGGCAUUGUGCAGAUUAGAAGCUGCCUCAAAUUCGAUUUCACUUGUCCCCAAGUCUGUUUCCGGGUGGCGUGGCCGUUAGCUUCGAAAAAACUUGCCUGAAUAAGUCAGAGAACAUGUAACAAAAGCUUAUCCAAGUCUUGAUCCAAACAUGUUUGUUUAAUGAGCGUGGAAUGUUGCGUGGAUGGGCUCAGUAGUCUAACGUGGGCCUGUGAAUUGUAAUUGGGUAACGGACGGAACUGCUUGCUAUUUUUGAGAAUGUAACAAAAACGACGAGAAGUUAAGAUCUAUAAAUGAUAAAUGAUGUCCAAAUUCAGAUU